AGGUGGAUGGUGGGAUCAUGGAGGGGGGUGGUCAGAUCCUGCGCGUCUCUACGGCCCUGAGCUGCCUGCUGGGGCUGCCCCUGCGGGUGCGGAAGAUCCGGGCUGGGAGGAGUCAGCCCGGCCUUAGGCCUCAACAUCUGUCUGGACUAGAGAUGAUUCGAGAUUUAUGUGAAGGGCAGCUGGAAGGAGGAGAAAUUGGUUCAACAGAAAUAACCUUCACCCCUGGGAAGAUUAAAGGUGGAACCCACAUAGCAGAUACCAAAACAGCAGGGAGUGUAUGCUUACUGAUGCAGGUAGCAAUGCCCUGUGUGCUUUUUGCUGCUUCCCCUUCAGAACUUCGUUUGAAAGGUGGUACCAAUGCUGAGAUGGCUCCACAGAUAGACUACACAGUGAUGGUCUUUAAGCCAAUUGCUGAAAAGUUCAAUUUCAUGUUUGACUGUGAUAUAAAGAAGAGGGGCUACUAUCCCCAAGGUGGUGGUGAGGUGAUAGUCCGAAUGUCACCAGUCAAACAGCUAAGUCCAAUAAACUUGACUGAACGUGGUACUGUGACAAAGAUAUAUGGAAGAGCAUUUGUGGCUGGAGUCUUGCCAAUUAAACUGGCAAAAGAGAUGUCAUCAGCUGCAGUGAGAUGCAUCAGAAAAGAAAUCCGGGAUCUUUACAUUAACAUUCAGCCUGUUCAAGAACCUGAUAAUCAAGCCUUUGGAAAUGGAAGUGGAAUAAUUAUUGUUGCAGAGACUUCCACAGGUUGUCUGUUAGCUGGAUCAUCCCUUGGUAAAAGAGGUAAGAAUUCUGACAAGGUUGGCAUUGAAGCUGCUGAGAUGCUGCUUAGAAAUCUUAAACAUGGUGGAGCUGUGGAUGACUAUUUACAAGAUCAGUUGAUCAUUUUCAUGGCAUUGGCCAACGGGGUGUCUAGAAUAAAAAGUGGACCAAUUACCCUUCAUACCCAAACUGCUAUACAUUUUGCAGAGCAGCUAACAAAGGCCAAAUUUACUGUGACAAAAUCGGAAGAGGAAGAUUCCACUAAAGAUGCCUACAUUAUUGAGUGCCAAGGAAUGGGGAUGAUGAACUCAAGCUUGUAGUUUUUGGGUUUGCUUUUGUUUCACAAAAAAAAAAAGAUACCUCAGUGAUGUGUGUUGCACUACAUGUUAGUUGGCAUAUGAAACAGUGGUGAACAGAGGAAUACUUUAUCAUACCUAAUAUGUUCAAUUUAACUUUGAAGAUGAAGUGUAGUUUUUUCUUGUUGAGCUCAGAGCACUCCAUCAUGUUUUCCUUUGAUUGUUAACAGUAAAAUGAGUACAGAUGGGACAGCAACUGGGAUAAACUGCAUGCGUUUGGGGAGCUAAAAUAUAAUUGAGUAGCUUUAAAAAUACAUGUGCACCAGACUUCAACUAUUUAAACAUGACACAUCCAUGCCUCUUGAAGCAUGUAAGUUUUUAUCAUUUGGGAACCACUACGUUACUUACGUCUGAAGAGUAGGGAUAGAGUAGUGUAAAGAUACAGGCUGAUGGUGCAUUUCUAUUUCUGUAACCAUUUUGCUGAAAAUUAUUUGGAAAAAGUAAAGCAGUUUCAACAUAUA